AUGUCCUCGUCGCAAGGAGGUGCUCUGGGUGCGCCCAUAACCCCCCAAGGACCACCGUACGCACCGCAGACAUGGCAGCUCGGAGGCGCUACGAGCGUCGGCGUCGACGUGCCCGUUACCUCCGUCUUCCUCGUCCUGUUCCUCCUCGGUGCCGCGUGGCACUUUAAGAUCUUCAUUGGGAACAUGAAGAUAGGGCACUUCUUCUUCUCGUCGCUGUUCUGUUUCAUAUUCUGCAUGUCCCGAAUAGUAACGACCUCAAUGCGCAUCGCCUCAACCGUCCACCCACGCAACCUCAAGCUCGCCAUCGCCGCCAACGUCUUCGUCGCCGCCGGCGUGGUAAUCCUCUUCCUCGUGAACCUGAUCUUCACCAAACGCCUCGUGCGCGCCACGCAGCCCAAGCUCGGCUGGUCAAAGCCCGUCUCGAUCAUCUUCACCGCGCUCUUCGUCCUCACCGCCCUCACCAUCAUCAUGAUGAUCGUCGUAACGAUCCAGUCCUUCUUCACCCUGAACACAAACACCCGCGCUAUCGACCGCAGCAUCCAGCUCUACGGCGCGACCUUCUUCGCCGUGAUCUCCUUCCUGCCGAUUCCGCUCGUGGCACUCGCUCUCAUCGCGCGGCCCAAGUCCUCCAAAGCCGAGAAGUUCUCCAAGGGCCGCUUCAGGACGAAGGUCUACGUCCUCAUGACCGGCGCGACGCUACUGUGUCUCGGAGCCUCGUACCGCGCGGGCACGGCGUGGUUGCCGCCUGUCCCACGUAGCAGGCCCCUACCGGAUUACUUCCACAAGGCAUGUUUCUAUGUCUUCAACUUCGCCGUUGAGAUCUGUGUCGUGUAUUUCUACGCGCUCAUGCGCAUCGACCAGCGCUUCCAUAUUCCGAACGGCGCCAAGGGGGCCGGUAGCUAUAGCGGGCAGAAGGACGAGGAAGAGAUCAUGGAUGUGUCGACAGAGCCGGUGUUUGUGGAGGGCGAGACGAAGGACGGCGAUGUCAGCGAUGUCAGCAGGAGGGAUAGUGGCGCGUUCAAGAGCCUGCAGUCUGAGAAGGGCGGCGAUGCGUUUGAGUUUGGGGUUGUGCAGUUUAACGAGAAUGGUGAUCUGGAGAAGGGACGCGUUGUAUGGAGCCGCGGCAAGCCAGCUGAAGACCUCAAGGAGCUGCUCGAUGAGAUUGAUGAGAAGAUGUGGGUUAUCGUGAGAAAGGGCGGCUUCAAGGGAUGA